CAAAACAAUCAGCAAUUUGACGGAAGAUUCACAUCUGUACCUACCUCAUCUGUGCUCCUGCUCUUAGUUUGUUUUGUAAUCGAAAAUCUCAUUCAACUGGAAAAUGAUGUAGUCAGUCGUUGUUUAUGUCCAUUGUUUUGGCCUAAAAAGACAUGUAUUUUGUAAACAAGGACAAUUUUUCAAUGCAACAAACGCGUAGGGGUUGUACUUCGAGGAUUUGUGCAAUUUAAACGAUGCCAGAACCGGUUAAAAUUAUAGAAUGGCAGCAUUUGGACAAGAGAAAAUUUUAUAUUUUUGGUCCUACGUUGUUUUGUGGCAUACGAGCCUUGUUGUACCCGCCGAAUUUGAUAAAAACAAGACUACAAGUCCAGAAGAAGCGUGCCAUGUAUAAAGGGACCAUAGAUGCCUUCAGGAAUAUUGUAAAAUUGGAAGGAAUACGUGGUUUAUAUAAAGGUUUUUUAGUCAGUAAUUUUUCAGUGCUAUCUGGACAAUUGUACAUCACCACCUACGAGUUAGUUCGACAAAAGACAUCACGAUACAAUCUGGCAUUACGCGGUUUCUUUGCUGGGUCGUGUGCAUCCAUCAUUGGGCAAACCGUUACCGUGCCUGUCGAUAUCAUAUCGCAGAAGCUCAUGGUUCAAGGUCAAGGUCAAUGUGCCAAGAAUUACAAAGUAAAAGGGGCAGGGAUGAUUAUUAGGGAAAUUUGGCAGCAUCAAGGACCCAAGGGGUUCUAUAAGGGAUAUGCGAUAUCGUUAAUGACUUACGGUCCGACGAGCGGCGUCUGGUGGGCUGCUUAUGGUUCAUACCUUGGAAUUGUGGGUAAUUUGGUUCCAGAUGGUACGGCGCCUAUCGUGGUGCAAGGAAUUUGUGGCCCCAUAGCUGGGCUCACUGCGGGCACGGCAACCAAUCCCCUGGAUGUGUUGCGUACCAGAUUACAGGUAAUGGCAGUUUGAAAAUUAAACAUUGCCAGUUUACCCUGAUGUGCCCUACUUUAUUAUUUUACUCUGCCUAAUGCCAGAUUAUUCACUCUGUCUAAUGCCAGACGAUUUUACUUGUCAAGGGGCAGUUCGCACUACCCUGGUUCCAGAGGUUCUUUGCGAGGCAAAAUAAACGAGAGGCGAGAAGGAAGAGCCUCUGGUCACAUUGGUUGCAAAUCCCAAUAGCUAUAAAAGCUAUAAUUAGCUUGUUUAUUUCCCAAACCGGUUUGACAUGUUUUUACAAAUGGCCAAUCACAUGCGAGGUUCCAGAGACUCUUCCUUCUCGCCUCUUGUUUAUUUUGCCUUGCAAAGAGCCUCUGUAACCAGGGUCACAGGAGGUGUAGUUAUGUAACAUAUGGCCCUCACAAUGUUACAAUAUUUACAAACAUAAAAAGGUAAGAUUACAGUACUACAAUUUCCAUAUGAGAACAAAAUUAAUUAGUAAUGAAUACAUUUACAAUUCAGUAAAUAUUUACAAUUUUUACAAAACGGGCCUUCGAGGGCUUUUUCUAUUACUUCACAUAUAGGAGCAAUUUAUUUAAAAAAUCAAUUAGGAUUAAUAAGAGGCAACAUCCAUACCUAAAACUAUGUAACGGAAACGAAAAGCAAAGAAAACAACCGCUUUGCCCCUGGCAAUAUCCACCAAGUGUCAAUGCCAAUAUAAUCCCAUUUUGCUUACCCGACUUUCUUCAGUUAUCGGCAAAAGCGAGCCAAAUUUAUCUCAGUUCACUCUGGUUUCAUUUAACUUCAAGUAUUUGUAUAACUUUGCAAUAUUUUUUUAGGUUGAAGGAGGCAACUCUGUUGUUGCUGUGUUUAAAGAACUCAUUCGAGAGGAAGGGAUAAUGGGUUUGAGCAAGGGUCUCUCUGCACGGAUAGCCACAAUGAUGCCAUCAAGUCUUUUAAUAACACUAGGAUAUGAAACAAUUAAAAAAUUAAGUUUAAGAAAGGACCUAGUGGAAUCAGGCGAAUUUAAAAUUAGGUGAUGUACGUCGUUAUAUACUUAUAUUGGGGUAGUUUUUAGGAUAGUAAUUAAUUGUAUGCACACAUUUGAAUUGUAAAUUACAUAUUCUCACAACAGUGAUAUUUAUCAGCAUUAUUUCACACCUGAAUUUAAAGAUCAUGCACAUUCUUUGGUUGGAGGGUGCCAUCUUGAGAAAAAUAUCAUUUGGACAGAGCAUGCCUUGUCCAUAUCAUAACUAUAUCCACAUAUUUACUACUUUCAAAAGUCAAAUGGUUGGCCCCUUAAGCUACGUUAACACACAACCAUGAAUCGGGCCGAUUUCAGGUUUUGCCAAAUGUUAAUGACAAAUGUUGUCAGUUGACGAUGUCAUCAGAUGACGUUGACAGCGUAUUUUUCAAAUAUAAUUUAAUUACUGUCGAUGCAAUGGAAGUGUUGAUAAAAUAUUGCACCAAUUCCUUUCCUCAUGUUCAUCAAUUCAUUUGAUAGAAAAUUGAUCAACUUCCUGUUACUUUUAAAUGAGCCAAUUAGAUUUCGUUUCAGAACCGAUUGACCAAUAGGAAACGCACAGGAAGUAAAAAGAAAUUUGAAUUCAUAUGAAUUGAUCAACUUGAGGAAAUGAAUUCAUGCAAUAUUUUAUCAACACUUCCAUUGCAUCGACAGUAAAGCUGAAUCGGCCCGAUUAAUUGUUGUGUGUAAACAUGCCUUUAGAACAAUGUAUCUUCUAGUGCAGAUUAGUGGUUAUUAAAAAGUUUAUGAAUAUAAUAAAAAAGAGAAAAAAUAUGAACUAGUUUAUACAGCACUCAGUUAAAUGGAAAUAAAAUGUGAUUCGGUGGUGGGUGGGUGGCCUAUUAUUUCUAUGGUGCCCCCCCCCCCCAACAAUUCUAUUUCUUUUCAUACUUUAUUUCUUUUCGUACUUUAUUUCUGUCUUCUUUCAAGCAAUGGAUGAUUCAGCU